GAGGUGGCCAAGCUCUGAGAAGCUGCGCGGAGGUCUCGAGUCCGACCUGGGUGUUUGUGCUGUGCGCUUGCUACGCCGAGCCGCGGCCGCGGGGUUCGCAGGAGGGCGGAGCUCGGAGUGUGCAGGGCCAGACAGGGACACCGGUCGGGUUCCGUUUUCCUUCGCGCGGCUGAACUGCAGGGACUGCACCGGGCCCGACUAUCUCGCCGCAGAGGAGCAGCUGGCCGGGGCUGGGGGGCGCCCGCGCUGAUCCUCCGCCCUCCACCAUGGCCGACCACCUGAUGCUCGCCGAGGGCUACCGCCUGGUGCCGAAACCACCGCCCGCCGCGCCCGCCCACGGCGCCUACACGCUCCGGACUCUGCAGCCUUACGCGGGCCCGGGCUUGGACAACGGGCUGCGGCCGCGGGGGGCUCCGCUGGGACCGCCUCCGCCCCCGCCCGGGGCCCUGGCGUACGGGGCCUUCGGGCCGCCGCACUCCCUCCAGCCCUUUCCGGCCGGGCCGCCUCCGGCCGCCGGCGGCCCGCACCUGCACCAGGUGGCGGCGCUGUACCCAGGCCGCGGCCCCGCGCCCCCCGGGGUCCCAGGAGGCGCCCCCGGGCUGCAGCCGGCGCCCGGGGCCGGGGCCCCGCCACUGCCCGCGCACGCCCUGGGAGGCAUGGACGCGGAGCUCAUCGACGAGGAGGCGCUGACGUCGCUGGAGCUGGAGCUCGGGCUGCACCGCGUGCGUGAGCUGCCCGAGCUCUUCCUGGGCCAGAGCGAGUUCGACUGCUUCUCGGACUUGGGGGCAGCGCCGCCCGCCGGCCCGGUGAGCUGCUGAGCGCGGCCGGUCCCGCCGCCCCGCCCGGGUGCCCGCGGGACUCGGCGCCGCGGCGGGGCCCACUCGCACCCUCCGUGAGGGUGCCCCUGCGGACGGCGGCGCUGACUCACAUCUCGGACCCGCGCCGCCGCCGUCCGUGAAGGGGUCUGGACCAGCUCUGGGACUCGCCCCACUCCCCUAUCUGAGCCAUUCCGGGCCUCUGCCUGAUGACCCUCAUGCUGGAUCGGUCCCCGGAGCUCGCUUCCAAUGAGCGCCCACCCUCGCCGGGGGCGGGCCCAGCUCUGCAGCGUGCAGCAACGCCGCCCCGCCCGGCCAACGAAACCAAAAUAAACUGGGUCACUUUACA